UCUUCGUGAGACAUUCGUGCUGGUGGAGAGUUACCAAAGAAAGACCCGACAAAAUGGAUCGUAAAGCCGUAAUCAAGAAUGCCGAUAUGUCCGAGGAGAUGCAGCAAGAAGCUGUGGACUGCGCUACUCAAGCUCUUGAGAAAUACAACAUCGAGAAGGACAUCGCAGCGUUCAUAAAGAAGGAAUUCGAUAAAAAGUACAACCCCACGUGGCAUUGCAUCGUUGGGCGUAACUUUGGAAGUUACGUUACGCACGAAACAAGACAUUUCAUAUACUUUUACCUGGGCCAGGUAGCGAUUCUGCUCUUCAAGAGCGGCUAAGCUGCAAAUUCAAAAGUCUCUGUAUCCCAGCCAUUUUAUCCUCGUUCCUGCUCCCUCCCGUCCCAAUCAGUCCCCCACUUCCAUCUCGCGACCGCCAUGCCACAUAAUAUAAAAUAAACAUACAAAUUUGUUUCAAUGGAGAAAGAAAAACAAGUCACGUAAAAGUAACUAAAUACAUAAACAAUAUACAAACUUGUAUUUGAACAAAAGCUAAACGAAAGAGAGAGAGAGAGAGAGAGAGUGAGAGAGAGAAAGAGAGAGAGAGAUUGAUUCUUGCGAGAAAAGAGUGAAGUGGAGGAGCGGAAAAAACGAACGUACUACCGGGUAUGAUAAGAAAAGCGAAAAAUUAUGCGACACGUUAGUCAAGAACACAAAACAGGCUCAGACACACACCCACCUGCAAGAAGAAAUAUCAAUACGCUGUCCUUCGAUGUUAAAGAAUUUACUCGUGGGCUCGAGUAGAAAUUAAAUAUGUAGACAAAAACAGCAGCAGCAGCAGCAACAACAACUACAACAAGCACUCUCCGAGGAUGAGGUUCGUUCGACGAAAGUAAAGAAGAGAAAAAAAUCUUGGAAAAAAAUUACAAAAAAACAAGACAAAAAUACGACAUACUACCUUACAUGUUAAAAUGUAUUGCGUAUGCCAAAAAAACUUUGUUGUGUUCUUGUUUUAUAUUAGGUAUAAUAAUGUGUACGAUUCGACGCUCGCGGUUAUUUUGACUGUCAAAUUCAUACAUUUUUUUUUCUUUUCAUCCCCCCGUGCGGUAAUAAUUUAUGUACAAAGCGACGAAACUCCGGAUCCUCCGUGGCAUAGGAUUUUGUUUUUUAAUUUUAAUUCGAGCAAUGAAGAAUGUGUUCGAUGAAAGUAUCGGAUUGUGAGAAAAUAAUUAAAGAUUUAUAGCGACUGUCAUUAAUAAUGAAAGGGAAUACACACUGAUCGAACUUGGUAAUUUUCAUUUGAACAACUUCGAAAUCUCGCGUUUUAAUAAAAUAUAUUGCACGACAAUGAAUGCGGAUAAAGCAAUGCAGAACGUGACUUACGCCUUCGGGAUUCAUUCACAUUUUACCAACAUUCUGCGAUUAUUCCGUUAGUGCCGUUUUUUCAUUGUUUAUUUUAAAAUUAUAAUCUAAAGAAUAUUAAAAAGUACAUUAACACGAAAAAUAUUAAACAUGAGAUUUUUUUAUAUAUACAUAUAUGUACAUAUAUGUAUAGCGCACUUGAAUAUUAUCUGCAUAAUGAAAGGGAUAUCAGUAGUUUAUAGUGUAUUCAAAAAAACUACGCAAUUUUAUUAUUAUUAAUAUUAUUAUUAUUGAUACCUAAUAAUAGAAGUGAAAAGAGAGAAGAAAGGUUAAUUUCAUGAAACUUACCAAUUGCAUUUUGUUAAAUGUCACAUACGAAGAGGUGAAUCUUUCGGACACGGGCGUUGAAUACUUAACCCGACAUAAAACAAACGAAAAUAGAGGGGUCUCUCUCAGUGUAAGUUGUUUCUCGUUAAAUUACGAAAAAAAAAGAAAGAUUGAAAACGAAAAUAAUAUAUUUUGCUCUUUUUUUUUAAAUGAUUUUCCUCCGUUCGACUAAACUGUAUUGGCGAUCGAUGUAUGUAUAAAUAUCGUAUUUAUACAUAGCGCAACUUGAUGCAAUAUUCCACAGAGUGUUCCAAUUGAGGAGGUGAAAAUGCAAAAGGCCAUAGGUCCUUUGCAGACUCCCUCAUAAAUGAUGAAAAGAAGGAAAAUCCAUGUUUCCCUUUUGAUUUUCACUUGCUCAAUUAUCCGCGAGAUAUUCCUCCGACUCUUGUGGCAUACGCGCACGCCCGCGCGCGCGCGCGCGCACACACACACACACACACACACGUGUUUAGAAUAAAAAAAAAAAGAGGAAGAAAAUGUUCUCGAAAAUUCAAUUUUUAUGUCGGACACAAGAAAUUUAACAAUCUCUUUUGCACGAGUGGCUUGUAUCGUUGUGUGAAAAAAGAAAAUCAUUUCACUAUCAUAACUUACCGUAAAGAAAAAUAAAAGCAGAUGCGGUCAUGAUUGGUGAAUCCACUAGUUUCGUAAGAGAACCGCGAAAUAAAGAAACCUGGACGUGUAUAGGCGUGGGGGCGGGAGGACGGGAUUUAACAAACAAACAAAGCUCGAAUUAUACAGAAUACAUAUUUAAAAACAUCCUUGAUAAAGUUAAUAUCUCUCGACGCGGCGAGAGAUAAACGCACGAUUGAGUCUGUAUAGGGAGUUUUUUAAUCUAUCUAUAUUUUUCAAUCUAUCCUAUAGUGAAUAUUAUGCAAAAGAUUGUAAUAUCGUCGGACAAAAGAAAACAUGAAACGAAAAGGAUUCCGUACACGCGAAAGCUAUUUCAUUCGAUUUUACAUAGAGUAAUAUACGUUGGCAAGAGAAAUCUCAGCCCUUGUGUCCUAUUAGGAAAUUAAUGUACAUUCACGAGUUUCAGGCACUCUUUUUUUAUUCAUUUCUUAUUAUUAUUAUUAUUAUUAUUAUUAUUAUUGUAUCGAGGGAACCAGAGCUCAUUACAAAAUCAUGUCGAUCGACGACUAAUCAUUUGACGGAGAUGUCGGUACUGCCUUUGAAUGAGACAUAGCUUGACUCUCUUGAAAUAAGGGUGUACAGGGAGUAAGAAUAAUGUCGAUGUAGUCUUUCUGUCAAUUGUUUCCAUCUGAUGUCGCUUCGUAACACAAUUAUUGAUAUUUUUUUUACACUCUUCAGAUUUUGUGUAAAACAGCACCUUAAAAAUGAAUUUUCAUUCGAAUUUUGUUGACCACAUUUGACAUUCUAUGGGGACUAAUUCCUGUGGGCAAUUAUCUAGAGUCGCGGCAGCGACUCUGAGACAAGCACAUUUAUGUUAUGACGAAGUGCUGCCAGAGACUCCUUACCGGAGCGAUAGCGUUUCCAAUUGUUUUCGAAAAUUUUCAAAAUUUGUUUCUUUAUAACAGUAACAUAAGCUAGAAAUCCAUCAGACUCGUUUUCACUGUCACGAGAAAAACCGAGCUCCAUUCAAUAAUUUAUUCGUUCUCGAUUGGUCAAGAUUUAUAUAGAUUUUUUUUUCAAAUUUUUUUCACCAAUAAUUGAUCGUCGAAUAUGUGAUAAAAUGAAUUGUUUAUAAAUAACGAAAUUUGUUGAACUCGAUCGACCUGACUUUACUGGCAAAAACAUCCUCGAUAAAAUUAUUUCUCAUUGUUCUAAUCAUUAUUUUAUUUACUACGACGUUACUUUAUUCCCAAAUCUUAUUUUAUCUUUUGUUGUCUAUAUCGAUUGAAAAGAAUCUAAUUUUUGAAUGUUUAGGUAAUUUGUUAUCUCGCGAGUUUUUACAAAUGAAAAAUGACAAAAAAAUAUCUCUUCGGUCUUCGUACUAAUGCUCUAGUAUUAACUAGUUUUAUGAAAUCUUAAAUAUAAAUAUGAAUUUAUAAUAUGCCGGCUGCAUUACGUAUUUAUCGUAUACGUAGGCGUUGAAAGAAAAGAAAAGAAAAAAUAAGACUUUUUUUCUUAUCGAUAUCUUUGUUUUGGCACACAAAAAGGCCUAGUAGGCAAAUUCACGGCGUGUCCCAACGCGAAGCGUCAUCAUUCAGAGUUUUCCAUUGCGAUAAAUAUUAAUUGGACGAUCGAACGUGUUUCUUGAUCACAAUCCUAUGCGUGUACAUACUAUCAAAUAUUAUUAUGUACGUUAGAGGCAUAGAGUCAUUGACAGGACUGCGUUCGUCCUUCAGUCUCAACGAAGGUCCGAAAGACAGGAUUAAGAAAUUUCAUCUCAAGCGGAUUGAAAAAUCAACGGGAUCAAUGUUUUCCUUUUCGAUCGGCGAUCGAUAGCUUUAUCGAAAAUUUUCAAGGAAUACAUUUCCGUGAAAGAAAAUUCGAUCAUGGGUGGAAGUAUUUAUAUCAAAUCGAUAAAAAAAACUUGAUGAUUGAGUUGAAAAACAAUUGAUUCCGUUCACGUUUUCGUACUGAUGCAUCAAAAAUAUACAUUAUUUAGGAUGAAGAAAUUUAUUCGCUUUUCAUGGCAGCGAGUGGUGGUGUCAGCAAUCAGGUCAGAAAGUCAGGGAAUGAGGGGAGAACCCGUUGAUUGGGAAUAAAUUAUCAAACGUUCGUGCUCAAAGAUUUUUCGAGAAAAAAAUAAGCGAAACUUUGGGCGGGAACGUGAUUUCUAUUAUUUAUUACGAUUCCCAGAGAAUAAGAGAAGACAUCACAAACAAGAAGAUAGAGCAGCUCGAUGAGAUAUCGCGAGCGAAAUUUUGUAGAUUGUAAGAAUAGUUUUACGCGAAAAAUUGCUGAAUAAAUUCAAUCAGCAUAAAAGUCUUACGAAAUCCGAUCCAAAACAAAAAAAAACGAAAGAAAGAUUUUGAAAAUGCAACGUAGCAUCGCACCUUUAUUGAACGAACGAUAAGUAAUUCUCGAUUCGAUACGAAUAUUUCGUUACCUUCGAAUUAGAGAGAACUGAGAAAUUAAAAAAAUAUAAAAACGAAUAGCAUGAGAAAUACACAUUUUUUAACGCGUUUGGAAACAUUGUUAAUUAUAAGAUGUGACAAUCGCGCUGUUUUGUAAAACACGAUAAAGCGAGAACAAAAAAAAUACAGACACUAAUGAGAUGGGUAGAUCAAGGAGGCCACCGUAAUAAUAAUAUUCGUGCUGUAUCAGAGAUCCGAGGGCAUUCAAAUAAUUCAUGCAAAUUUAGUUGAUCGAAAGCGAUUCACAAAAAUUAUAAAAAAAAAAAAAAAAAAAACAAAUAGGAUGAAACGCGUAUGGAAGACUCGUAUGAUAAUUGAAAAAACGAAUAUAGAAAAAAUGAUAUCUGUGACUGUGAGAUUUGGGACACACCAUGAAAUUAACUAUUCAAAUAGAGAAACCGUAUUAAUUUAAUGUUGUGAACCUUUGGAUGGACUGUAUUGUAUAUGUAUAUCUACCUGCUCUGUCUGAAGCUGCAUUCUCCAAUACUAAAUACUAAUACAGUUGUCUCUAAAGAUAUAUAAAUAAUCGUCGUUUUACUUUGCAAAAAAACAACAAAUAUAUUGCAAAACCAUCAUA